CACCUUUGCAAAUAAAGAUAAGCGCGACGUUGCAAGAACUCUCCCAGUUCUCUGUUAAUGUUUGGCCAGAUAAUUAUUCCCCCGGGGGGAGGGAACCACAAAUAGUCACUUUUUUGUUCUGUCCUUCUUCCUAUGCACUAUAUUCAUUUGAUAGAACAAGAAAAUGGAGGUGACACUUGAGAAGGAGAACCCAGUGGAAGUGACAGCUCCUGAUGAAGUUGGGAUUGGCCGGCGGCUUCGGGACCGAGAUCUGCUGAGGAAGAGGAAGGCUGAGGCUGAAGAGAAAGCGACUACCCAGUGGGUUUAUGGAGCACAGAGCAGGAAGAGAGCGAGGAGAGAGCCCAGCGACACUCCAGGAAAGAAGGGCAGACCGAGGAAAACCGCCCUCGCUGCCGAACCCCCUCCGGACCAGGCCGAGCUCCAGGCAGCCUGCCAGCCAGAGACACCCGUCCAAGCAGAAGAGCUGGUCCCUGGUCCUGCCCCUCACACAGCAUCUGUGUCUGUCUCUGCCCCAGCACUGACCCCACAGCCACCUGUGCCUCUGUCUGCCCCUGCUCCUGCCCCUGGGGGGGCGAUAGAGGAAGUUUUAAUCGAAGACCUGGGGCCAGACGAGGAGGAAGACAAACCAGAGAAACUGGUCAUAGAUCAAGGUGCCUGCGGAGAUCCCGACGUCGGUGAGGCCGAACGGAACAACGCGUUUAGUGAGCCAGCGUUAACCCCGCCCCCAGCUCCCACUCAGCACACCUAUCUACCUGGAAACGUGCUCUAGACGUCACGUCCUGGGAGCUCUCCACCAAUCACAAACGCCAUGCCUUUUUUGUUGUUGUUGUUGUUGUUGUUUUUGACCAAUUUAUUUUGUAUUAACGGGAAUACAUCAUAUUUCGGUGCUUAAAACCUUAAUUUUCAAGUUUGUAUAUGCAAGACCAAAAGGCUUUUUUUCACCUGAGGUUUUUACUUGUGAUCUCAAACCAGAACAAAUGUAUAUUUAUUCGUGCAUUGUUUUGUCGAUGGCAAUGUAAUAUCGUUUUCUUUAGCAUUAGUACGUUUUCUUUUUCGCAAGAUGAACAAUUUUAAAUAAAGGUACAAGCAACGAAUUUUUACUUCUUCCGUUUGCAGAGAUAGUUAUUGACACAUGGCGACGGCACUGGACGGAUACACAGCGCUUCUGCAUUCCCCGCUGUUAAAAUAUAAUAGUGAACAUGUGACGAAGGAGAAAAUAAAUGACUCCCUGUUCGAAGGCGCCCUAUACUGAAUGCCAUUCAGAACAAACUUUACUGUAGUGGUAGAAAGGACGAAAUUUUAGUGAACAGAGAGUAAACGCCAUAAAGCAGUAAAGGACCAAGCGCAAGGCUUUGGUUGUCCAACACAUUUCUAUUAUCAGCACCACGUGUUUCAGGAGGGCGGGUGGCUGCGGUGUGACAGUUUCUGCUUAGUGGAGAACAAAGGCAGCGUUUCUCCAAACAAACGCCGACCCUCGCUAAGAUGGCCCAAACAGCCUGUCCUUGUUCUGAAUGCAUCCAAAGCCUCAAACAGCAAGUGUCAGUAAUGAGGAAGGAGAUCAGGAACAUCAGACAGCACGCGGACAGCGCGGUCCGCGCGCACAGGAAACAAAUGGCGUCCCUCCAGUCGGUACUGGCGGAUGGUUGGAGCCCCGGGCCGCGGCCGUCACGAGAUCCGGGCGGGGCGCGCGCGUCUUUGGAACGAGGUCACGUUCAGACUGUCCCCGUCGGGUACAUCAGCUCGUGUUUCGCGAACAAGAGCGGCACCCCACGGCAGCCGGGAAUCUGCACGUCGUCUCGCGCGAGUCUGCAGCUACGGGCGUCGGUCUUCAAUAACCCGGAGCACGCACUCGCCGGCUUGGACCAGUACUCCCACGUGUGGCUCAUCUUCCUCUUUCAUAAGAACGGCCACGUGAGCUACAAAGCCAAGGUGAAGCCCCCGCGGCUCAACGGGCAGAGGGUGGGGGUGUACUCCACCCGUAGCCCCCACCGGCCCAACGCCCUCGGACUCACCCUUGCCCGGCUGGAGGGCAUUGCAGGUGACACGCUCCACCUGUCAGGUGUGGAUCUAAUUGCUGGGACUCCUGUGUUGGAUAUCAAACCUUAUAUCCCAGAAUACGACUCUCCGCUAACGAGGCUAAACGUGGAACCUCGUUUCCAGCAAAUGGAUUCCUCCGGGACCUUGGAUGCUUUCAACACCAUUGAAGAAGAACCUGGAGAAGGAGAACACGUAUCCUCGUCACAGAUCUCAGCCAAGGAGCUGUCUGGGUCAGCCUCUGGGUCAGAGGUGACUGGAGCCAGUGAAUUGAGCAAAAUGCUAGCUGAAGUGAAAGACUACCUCCAGCAGGGGGAGUUGUUCGCAGAGAGAAGGCCUGCUGACAGAGCUGUAAUCACGGGCUCUGAGCCUGGGCAAGAUGUGCCCUCCAGGGUGUCCUAUGGCCCAGAGGCCUAUGGAAGAAUCGCAGCCUGGAUCAGAGAUCCCCCAGUAGGUUCGCUGGGUGUACGCUUUACCCCUGCAGCUGAGCAAGAGCUUGCGGAGUUUGGACCUCCUGAAAGCACAGACACAGGGCGGCCCAGGUUCCAGUUCCUCAGGGGCCCCGAGGACGCAGCAGCCGCUAUCCGGGCGCUGUUAGCGGCUGACCCACGCUCUGUGUACCGGCGCACACGCUGUCCGGAUCGCCUCUUCUUCUUCACCCUGGACACAGCCGACAUCACCUGCUGGUUUGGCGACGGCUUUGCGGAGGUCCUGCGUGUCCGGCCUGCGUGCGUGACCCUCGAUGCUGCAGUAACGCCAGCGCCACCACAGUAACACUUGCAAUAGCACUAUCUGGAACCCAGCAACUGUGCUGAGCAGUCACACACUGCACAGGCAGCAGGUGGAGAAUUACAGCCUGUUAACAGUCUUUCUUCCGAGUUCGACAAAUGGUGUUCCACAAUUAGUGUAGUAAUUACUCUGAAGGUCUAACGCUGGAGAGGAGGAAAAAAUCCAGGCAAUAUUUUUCAGAAAUAUUUAUCCAUAUUUAUCAGUGAUAAAUGUGGAUGUCUUUGUAAACAUGGUGAAGGGCUAACAUUCUGAGAUGUUGGACUGUCUGUAAAGAUUUGAAUAAAAACUCCAAAAGAUUUUUGUA